AUGAAGCACAUCACCACCAUCAGCAUUACUACCGCUAUCACAAUUAUUAACACUAUCAACACUCUCACGGCCAUCACCAUUACUAACACCAUCACGUCAUCCCCGCUAUUACCAUUACUAAUACCAUCACCACCAUCACCAUUAUUAACACCAUCACUUUUAUCACAGCAUUCCCGCCAUCGCCAUUGCUACUUUCAACACCACCAUCUUGGCAUUACCACCAUCACCAUUACUAACACCAUCACUACCAUCUCAGCAUCACGAUUAUCACCAUUACUACUAACAUCAAUACUUUCAUUAAUAGUAACACCAUCACCACCAUCACGGCAUCACCACCAUCACGAUUACUAUCAUCAACACAACCACCUCGGAAUCCUAACCAUCACCAGCAUCACCAUUACAAACACCAUCACCACCAUCACGCCAUCCCUGCCAUCACCAUUACAAACACCAUCACCACCAUCACGCCAUCCCUGCCAUCACCAUUACAAACACCAUCACCACCAUCACGCCAUCCCUGCCAUCACCAUUACAAACACCAUCAUCACCAUCACGCCAUCCCUGCCAUCACCAUUACAAACACCAUCACCACCAUCACGCCAUCCCUGCCAUCGCCAUUACAAACACCAUCACCACCAUCACGCCAUCCCUGCCAUCGCCAUUACAAACACCAUGACCACCAUCACGCCAUCUCUGCCAUCACCAUUACAAACACCAUCACCACCAUCACGCCAUCUCUGCCAUCACCAUUACAAAUACCAUGACCACCAUCACGCCACCCCUGCCAUCACCAUUACAAACACCAUGACCACCAUCACGCCAUCCCUGCCAUCGCUAUUACAAACACCAUCACCACCAUCACCAUUAUUACUAGCAUCUCUACCAGGACGGCAUCUCCACCAGAACCGUCAUUACCAUUACUACCACCACCAACAGCAAAACUGCAACCAUAAUAGAACCUAUUACCGACAAUAA